AAAAAAUGCAAAGCCAAUCACUAUUGCCUAUCCAUGUAAUUUCCUCAUCCUUUUCCCUUUUGUCCGUCCAUUGCGGGCCAAUUAGAAUCCGCCCCCUUUUUCCACAACCCGAACUGAGGAGCAGGCAAAUUAGCAGAAUAGGAGAAUACUAAUAUAACUAGUACAAACAGGAAAAUGUGGAAAGACAGAGGACCAGGAGUGAAGAUCCUCUGGCUUUGGGCCAUUGGAACGGCUGGCAUUUUAGUAACUAGUGUUGUGAGGACCAGACUCCGGGAUAUGGAGCAGCUCAUGAACGCUCAGCAACAAAAUCCUGGACCAAUUGACGCACCUCUGAUAAGCGACAAUGAUGAUCAUCAAUCAUUGAAUUCUGAGGAACUCAUUCGGGAGGAGAAAGGGUGAAGAAUGUUGUGCAUGCUAUAUGUUUGAUGAAAUCUCUGAAUUGUGAUUUUAAUUGUUCCUUACAUAAUUUGGAAUUAUUUGACUCUUUUCAGCUCUUUCAUGGUUUUUCCUUUAAUCUUUAUGUCAUUUUGCAA